AUGGUUGAUCUGUUGUAUUUAAUCACACUCGUACCAACAGUUCUCCUGUCGACAUUACGUUCAGACGAUGAUGGUUAUGACAUGAUCAAUUACAAAUAUACUGUUGCUUUACUAAUACUCUUUUCAACGAUAACGGCAACGAAGCAGUUUGACGAUGAUCGAAUCGAAUGCUGGAAUCGAGCGAAUUUUAUUAAACCAUAUAUUGAAUACACAAAUCAGAUCUGUUAUAUAUCGUCAACGUACUAUGUUGAUCGGAACAAAACCAUCCCGACCAAUGUUGAAGAUCGGUAA